UAUUUCAGACAUUCGUGCACUCUCUCUCCUCAAAACAAGUGGAGCUUUUAUCGUCUCACGAUUUCGCGCUCAUGGACCAAUCCGCUCGAGCUAGAGAGCAAAACCCAUCUCCCCAUCUUCUUCAUGGCUACCAUUUCCCCGCAUUCCUGCUUUCAACUGAAUUCCAUUCGAUCCUCUUCCCAUUACCCAUCUCGCCUUUUCAUUUCUCCAUUGAUUUCCCACCCUGGUUCAAAUACCAGACCUUCGGUAACCAGAAGAGUUGGUCCUCUGAGGACAAACAAUGGUAAAACUAGGGCUUCUUUGGCUGGUCUUGAUGGGAACACUAGUGAUGUUCUUGGGCCUAUUGGCAUUUUCAGGGCUACAGGCGAGAAAGUUCAGUUCAAUGAUCUUUGGGAUCAAAAUGAGGGAAUGGCUGUGGUUGCUCUUCUUAGGCAUUUUGGAUGCCCAUGCUGCUGGGAACUUGCAUCCGUGCUGAAAGACUCAAUACCAACACUCGAUUCUGCUGGAGUGAAACUCAUUGCUGUUGGUGUUGGUACCCCUGACAAAGCUCGUAUUCUUGCCAACCGGUUACCCUUUCCAAUGGAUUGUCUUUAUGCAGACCCCAGCCGUGAGGCAUAUCAUGCUUUGGACCUGUACUAUGGGUUGAGUCGCACAUUCUUUAACCCUGCCAGUGCCAAGGUAUUCUCGAGGUGGGAUUCUUUGCGAGAAGCUGUAAAAAAUUACACUAUCUCGGCAACACCUGAGGAUAGCAGCAGUGUUUUGCAACAGGGAGGGAUGUUUGUCUUCAAGGGGAUGCAGCUAUUGUAUGCCAGGAAAGAUGAGGGAACAGGAGAUCAUGCUCCGUUGGAUGAAGUCCUCAACAUAUGCUGCAGACCUUCCGUCGCGUAAAUGGUGGAGAGCUCACAAUCUAUUCAAAUACAGUCGGAUUUCCACAAUUAUGUCUAAUGGAGAAUCUGCAUGGGUCAUGUAUAAUUACAUAGUGGGUGCUUAAUAAUUAAUAUCCAUCGUAGACACACUUUGUAUUAAGUACUAGAUAAUAUAAAAUUUUAGAAUAUCUCCAAUAAUAUAUGGUAGACACACUUUGUAUUAA